CUCGAAACAAAUGACAGUGAAUGAAAAGCUCUAUGCUCUAUUUGAUAUUUGAUUAUUUAUUAUUUAUUACCAUUGUACAUUUUUAUAGUGGUGUAGUGUGUAGUGUUUUAUUUUCAUUUAAUUUUAGUGUUUUUAAACAUCUACCACGUUUAGCAGGGUUUUCGUCUUCUUGGUGAGGAACUGGUUGCUUCGGAAACAUCCUGAACAGGAACUUGGUUAUAUCACGUAUUUGAGUUAAACGAAUCGAAAUAUGUUAAACUUUGAUCAACAAUGCAGUCUAACAACAGAUACAGAUCUUUUAAACAGCUAGGCCAAGGAAACUUCCCAAAAAGUUUAAGCGGUAGCGAAACGGACGUUUCCACUUCCAAUGAAAAUUUGUCGAACGAAGAAAAAUAUGUGAUUAGACAUACUCCUCGUCAGGAACCUCAAGGACAAGAAAAUUUGACGGAUUCAAAAAGAAGUUCACUAAGAGACAGUUUGCCUUCAAAUCGAAGCUCCCUGGAUGUUUCUUCGUCAUCUUAUAAUACUUUGAUUAUCCACAGUGCGGGAGAUGAACCUUGGAAUGGUAGAAACUCGGGGCCUAGAGAAGGAAGUAACAUUUCUUCCAAUUACAUAAUUCACCAAAGUUCGAACCUUUCAAAUGAUCCGAAAUUGUCACCAUUAAUAAAAAGGAGUUCUACUUCUCCAUCACCUUCUAUAUCUAGUACAGGUGUACAGGAGAUAACAGCAAUUCCAGACGAUUACCUAAAUCAGUCUUCCGUUCUGAAACAUUUAGCCAAAGAAGUAAAGGUGCCUUCUUCCCCAGUAGGUACUGCUUUAGAAUCAAAUCUUGAGAAUCUCGUACUCUUCGAAUUAAAUGCCCUUCCUUCACCUCCGGAUUAUCUAAAAUGGUCUGAGAAGUCUCCUCUACAACGGAAAGUCGAGAAUAGAAAUAAAAUAAAUGUUGAGAAACUAACUUUGUCUAAGUCACAGCCGGAUCUAUCGACGGUCGGUGUUAUUAAAAGUGAUGACAAUUUGUUUAGAAGAGGAGUAUCAGCACCCAGGCCACCUACCAAGGGGAGAGAGGAGAACGAAUCUAAAGGAGAAGAGAUCUGGCCUUCAGCUGAGAUGGUAGAAAUUCUUAUUAAGGAAAAUAGUGCUCUCAAGCAGGAGUUAGAGAACUUGUAUCAAAGAGUCGAACGGACGCAAAGGUUGGAACACGAAAUCUUAAAAGUUCACAAGGGACACGAAGAAUUAGUUCAGUCUUGUGAGAGAAGAGAAAUACUCGAAAGAGCUGCCAGGGCACGCCUCCAGUCUGAUUGUGUUAGAUAUCAGGAGUUAAACAAAGCUCUGAGGGAGCAAGUGGAAUUGCUCUCAACACAGAUACUGUCUCGUUCGCCUGUGCCUGAUUACGGGGUACCCGAGAACCUUAGGAGAGAGCUGGCUAAGAGAGAAGGAUUAAUCAAGCAACUCAUAUCGCAAAAUAAAGAAUUAUCUGCAGCCAAAGAAAGACAAGAAAUAGAGCUAGCGGCUCAACGGGCCACUUUACAGGAACAAAGGACUCAUAUCGAUAUUUUAGACACUGCUCUAACAAACGCUCAAGGAAACGUCGUACGUUUGGAAGAAGAGUGUCGUAAAAAACAAGUAUACGUAGAACGAGUUUUCCAACUUCAGAGGGCGUUGUCGUCAAUGCAAAUGGCGAGUGAACGACGAGAACAAACAGAAAAGAAGCUUCGCUUGCAACUUGAGCGCGAACUGCAGCGCGCCAAAUCAGCUCAAGGUGGAUGGGAUUCUCCAAAUGGUUCAGGCAGUGAAUCAGCUUCGGAGUUGAAGAGGAUGUUAAGGGAAAAAGACGAAAGAAUAAUGACAUUAGAAGGAGAGUGUUCAAGGUGGGAGCAGCGUUUCUUAGAGGAAAGCACUUUAAGGCAGGCCGCUAUCGAUGCUGCCAGUAUACCAAAGGACGCUAAAAUAGCGGCAUUAGAAAAGACGAGUCAAGAGACUGAGAAAAUUAUAGCUGAAGCUAGAAAUGAAAAAAUAAGGCACAUGGAUGAAGUUCACGCUGCGCAGAAGAAAGUUGCCGAUUUGGAAUCUAGGGUCAAAGAUCUAGAAUCGAAACUAGCCGAAAAAGAUGCUAUGAUAAGAGUUUUACAAAAGCACACAUAUGAAAAAGAUAUGACAAGUAUGUUGGGAAGAUCGCCUCUUCACACACCUCAUCCUAGUUUAGCUGGACCAGAUAUUGACCAUGUUCUAGGUACCACAGUUUCAAGGGAGGAACUAGUGAGCAGCGUUUUGACAAAUUCUACAGCUUACGGGUCCAGCAAUUCUUAUGCGGGUAGCGACUCAUCAUACCAUAUGCCUUCAUAUACAAAAUACGAAUCGAGCCAAACAUACGACAGCACGAAACAGAAAUUGGACAAUCAAUUAAAAGAAAUUGACAGUCAAUUAGAUUCGCAGCUUCUUAGCAAGCGGGCACUUUGCUGUUUUCCAGGAUUCACUAAUCCAGUCACUGCGCAGAGAAAAGGAAAAAUUCCCAAACCACUAUUGGCAGGUGUGACAACGGUGUCUUAUGAACAGGGUCCCUUCCUGCUGCCCCCAACUCGACAUGAGUCUGGAGAGAUGCUGCUCCUGGAAAAACAAGGUCGCACGUCCCAACAACAACGCAUGCCCGAAGGUGUGCAAGCUACAUCCCAAAAACCGCCUACACCGAGUUCAUUACCUCGUCCACCGCGCUCUUCACUACGUUCUGGAUUACCUCGACGUUUGGGUGAAUACAAUCGCUUACCUGACUCAGAAAAGAAGUCAGAUGGUGGAGACUCAUUAAGCUCAAAUUCUAGCAGUAGAAGAACGUCACCUGCUCGAUCCUUAAUUCUUCCUCCUAGAAAAUUAGGAGAAUAUGGAAGAUUGAGAAGCAGCUCGGCUGGGGUGGAAAGGGAUUCCGUUUCCACCGUAAGUGAUAAUUCGGCUAGUUCUUCCAAGGUUAGGUUAUAUGGGGGCGGUUCUUUGAGAAGGGGCUCAUCUUUAGGAAGAGAUAGCAAAUGUUCAUCGGAUUGCGCUACCAACAAAUACCGGAUACAAUUUUAAAAUAUGGAUAAGAGUUUCACAGGUCUCAUUUGGUAUUUUGAUAAACUGAAUUGAUAUUACAAUUAAGCUUGAAAUAAGAUUCAUGAGAUCUGAGAAAAUUUAAACUUGAUAAAUUAGAAAUCUUUAAUAUAAUGAAACCGUUAUUUUAAAAUGAAAGCUUUCAAAUCAUUUUACCAAAAAGUAUUUGAAGUAUGUAUUAUUAUUUUAUCUUGGGUUGGUAUUGGAGUAUCCUGAUCAAAUAAAUUACGAAUCAACGGACAUAUUACGGAUGUUAAACAAUGAAAAUACAAAAACUGGCUAAAAUAUGAACUGGCUUAAAAAUAAAAUAAUUAAAGAAUUGUGUAUCAAAUUUGAAGUAAAGAAAUCAGACUAUA